AUGUCUCCUUGUCCCCGCAAGGGUGACGUGGAGGAGGACGAGGCCAUUCCCGACAGCGAGCAGGACAUCAAGCCCCGCUUCCACAAGUCCCGCACGGUGACGCUGCAGCAUGAGGAGGAGCGGCCACAGGACCCCGAUGAUGCAGAGGAUGAGGACGACGACGACACGCUCUCAGACUGGAACCUGAGGAAGUGCUCGGCGGCCGCGCUGGACGUCCUGGCCAACGUUUUUCGGGAAGAGCUGCUCCCCCACCUCCUCCCGCUGCUCAAGGAGCUCCUCUUCCACCCCGAGUGGGUCAUCAAGGAAUCGGGCAUCCUUGUCCUGGGGGCCAUCGCAGAAGGCUGCAUGCAGGGCAUGGUGCCCUACCUGCCGGAGCUGAUCCCCCACCUCAUCCAAUGCCUGUCGGACAAGAAGGCGCUGGUGCGCUCCAUCGCCUGCUGGACCCUGAGCCGCUACGCCCACUGGGUGGUCAGCCAGCCCCCCGACAUGUACCUCAAGCCCCUCAUGAAUGAGCUGCUCAAGCGCAUCCUUGACAGCAACAAGCGGGUGCAGGAGGCGGCGUGCAGCGCCUUCGCCACGCUGGAGGAGGAGGCCUGCACCGAACUAGUGCCGUACCUCAGCUUCAUCCUGGACACGCUGGUUUUCGCCUUCGGCAAGUACCAGCACAAGAACCUGCUGAUCCUCUACGACGCCAUCGGGACCCUUGCCGACUCUGUGGGGCACCACCUCGGGGCGCAGGAGUACAUCCAGAAGCUGAUGCCUCCGCUCAUCCAGAAGUGGAACGAGCUGAAGGACGAGGACAAGGACCUCUUCCCGCUGCUGGAGUGCCUGUCCUCGGUGGCCACCGCCCUGCAGAGCGGCUUCUUGCCCUACUGCGAGCCCGUCUACCAGCGCUGCGUCACCUUGGUCCAGAAGACGCUGGCUCAGGCCAUGAUGUAUAACCAGCACCCUGAGCAGUAUGAGGCCCCUGACAAGGAUUUCAUGAUUGUGGCCCUGGACCUGCUGAGUGGUUUGGCUGAGGGUCUCGGCUGCCACGUGGAGCAGCUGGUGGCUCGCAGCAACAUCAUGACGCUGCUCUUCCAAUGCAUGCAGGACACCAUGCCUGAGGUACGACAGAGCUCCUUUGCCCUCCUGGGUGACCUCACCAAGGCCUGCUUCGUGCACGUCAAGCCCUGCAUUGCCGAGUUCAUGCCCAUCCUGGGCACCAACCUCAACCCCGAGUUCAUCUCCGUUUGCAACAAUGCGACCUGGGCUAUUGGGGAGAUCUGCAUGCAGAUGG